AUGAACUCAGAUAUGUCACUACAUGACUUAAUAAACUACGCAAGGACAAUGGAGACGAUAGCGUCGCACCUACAAACAAUGCGACUGGAAGACAACAACACCGCUACUGCUACAACCGCCCUAAUAAACAAAGUUGCGGACGAACAGCGCCAACCAAGCAACUAUCCCCGGCAAUACCAAAGAUUAAACGACGGAAACAGACAACGGAAACAAAUCGUCCCCCCACGAACACAGACCAAUCGACGCUCAGUGAACCGCAUAGAAAACGAUCAACGGAACCCACGUAGCAGCGGUAGUGAUACAGAAUACGUGUUCCACACAGGUAAGAUGAAAAACCUUCCUUGCUUUAACGUGUCUUUUGGCUAUAGCCGCCAGACGUUCAACGCACUAGCCGACUCAGGUGCCACCAUUAACAUCCUGUCUGAGGCAGACUUCAAACGUUUGAGACCAGCACCCCACCUCCGACCCACAAAAACGGUAAUAUCUGGGUUUGGUGUAAAGGAAACCACCCCAGCCCUAGGCCGAUUCAACAUAUGUCUAGAAUUCAUGGGCACCGCUUGCCAGGCCGACAUACAUGUGAUAAAGAGCCCAGAAAAGCCCAUCAUCGGCUGGGAGACAUGCAAAAGGCUAGGACUGCUAUCCACACACAAACUCUCCAUCAACCAUAUCAGUGACUCUGACACACAAAUCCCUCCCUCCACCCUUAAACUUCUGGAUGACCAUGCAGACCUCUUCAAUGGCUUAGGUAAACUCAAAGGGAAAAAGGUUCACCUACACAUAGAUGAAACCAUACCACCUGUUGCCCAGAGAUAG